UGGAUUGGCAGCACCUUCGGUUUUCGUUGCUGUGUCUUUUCUACGCUAAUACUAAUACAAUGUAAUAAAAACUAUGGAAUCAAGAGCUAGAGAUAGAGACGAGGAAAUCUGAGGGAUCUGUUCCAAGGAAAAGAACCGUUGUGAGGAGAUUUGUUUAUUCCCAAUACGAGAAGUCGAUUCAUCGGACAAAAAAAAAACACACACAUACUUAUUCUAUGUCCUUAUGUCUCAUUGCUACAAAUAUGGCCUUCUUGUCUUGCUUCACUGCAGAUUGGCCUUGAAACACUUUUUGUCCUCUCUUCCCAAAGUACUACACCGAAAGUGCUCUUGGUGUUACAGUAGUAAGCACUGCGACGAAAAGGUAGGAGGACCCUAAGGAACACGAAAAAGAUUUAUUGUUCUGGUAAAACCGCGUUAAAACUCGCCUAACAAUGUCCCAGACAUCCAGUAAUAUAGACGUUCCGGCUCUUGUCAUUGAUCAAGGGUCUUGCUGGGCCCGGUUUGGUUAUGCCGGUGAUGAUGCUCCUACCGUUGUUCUUCCGUCUAAAUACGGUGUAAAAAAAAACAAAACUACUGGUGAAUCAAGCUUCGUUAUUGACCAGCUCGAACUUCACGCCCCAAUUCCUCAUAUGGAGAUUCUCAGUGGGUUGAGUGAUGGUGUCGUCCAAGAUUGGAACUCUACAUUAAAUAUUUGGAAGCGUGGGUUAAACGAUAAGCUAGGAGUUGAUGCUUCCGAAUACGCAAUGAUGGUGACAGAACCUAGCUGGAACCCUCGGAAUGUGCGGCAACAAACUAUGGAAACUGCUUUUGAACAAUUCAAAGUUCCGGCAUUCUUUCUCAGCAAACAAGCUGUGUGUGCUGCGUUCGCCAAUAAUCGGGCUACGGCACUUGUUGUUAAUUUGGGCUCCAAGUAUGUGAGUGUUACGCCGGUCGUUGAUGGACUAGCAGUCCGUAAAGGCCUGAUGAAACAGAAUUUGGCUGGUGACUUUUUAAACGCGAACAUUGAGCGCAUGCUCGAAAACCUGCACAUUCCCAUUCAUCCGCAUUACCGUGUCGCUCGAAAAGCAACAAAUGUGGACGGUAAUGAAGGAAUGGCAUCUGUUAUGUAUAAUCCUGUCGAGGGAUUGACUGCCUCGUACGAGGAGUUGGAAAAGAACCGAGUAAUUGAAGAGUGGAAGGAAAGUGUACUUCAGAUGCUAGAAUCCCCAUUCAAUGAGAGAAGUGCUUCUGUACGGACACCAAAGCCGUUUGAGUUCCCGGAUGGUAUUAGCUGGAAGUUUGGCGGCGAAAGAUUUCGUAUAGCGGAGAUCCUUUUCAAUCCUUCGCUUGCAUUUGGGGAAACGCCUGCAACAAGUGUACCUCAGGGUGCCAUGGGAUUGCCGCAAUUGGUUCAUCAAAGCAUACUCACAUGCGACAACGAUAUACGGUCAACACUGCUCAAUAACAUCAUCAUUACUGGAGGCACAUCUCUCAUUCCUGGUUUGGCCGAACGUUUACAGACUGAGCUCCAGCGAAUGGCUCCAGGAAGCCGGGUAACCGUUCUGGCGAAUGGCUCUGCAACUGAACGUAAAAAUGCUACAUGGCUCGGAGGUUCCAUCCUUGCAAGCCUUAAUACCUUCCAACACUUGUGGAUUACAAAACAGGAGUAUGAAGAAAUUGGAGUUGAUAGGGCAUUAUUCAUUGAAAAACGCUGCAAGUAGAGUCAGGACACACUUGCAAAAACAAAAACAAAAAAAACACACACGCCCCACAUGAUUAGUCCCUGAAUUUCAAAUCUGGUAAUGCAUCAAUGAACGUUACGUUUGUACAUUUUCUUUUUAGCUUAGCUCCAUUCAUCUUAAACGGAAACGGUAGCCUGAGUAUACGAGUCGUUUUCUAAUAAAACCACUUACUGCUGUGGUUGGUUUUGGGAAUCAAAAAGAGCGUAAAGCGAGACGAGGGUCAUUUGAACAGCUUCGGCUGAACCGGAUAUCAAGAGAAUCUGUUCAUCGUUUUGUGCGUCUGCCUGCGGAAGCUCAAUUUGUGUAUUGCAAUCUUGGGCCACUUCUUGCAACUUUGUCGGUGAACGAGAAAGAACGGAUUGCGCAAGAGCCUUUGGUACGCUGAAUUGCUGCGUGAUGACACGUUGACUGACGGUAUUUGGUGGGAUAGAUGGGCCAGGAUGUUGAAUAACCUGGCUCGCUCCAAGGGGAUCGGGAUUUGCAGUUGCUGAUAUGAGUGAAGCAGGAGCGAUACCGUACGGAUUAUUGGGUGUUAAUAAAGUACUGGACGCGGGAAUCGAUUGGAAUGUCGCUGGAGAGCCAUACAAACCAUAUACGGGUUCCGGUACAUAAGGAACAACCCGCGAAGUUUCAAGCGCAGCAGUUCUUUCUUGUAACAGUUUAAGAAUUUGUUCAAGCGACUUGCUGAACUCUUCAGCAGGACCACAGACCGUAAGCGCCCUUUCGGUAGAACGAGGCAAAUAGGAUACGCUGCGUUUUAUGCUCACGUUUGGGGCAGCACUGUGCGAUUUUGGAACAAAAUUUUGACUGUAAAAGGUUGUAGACCCUAGUAAUAUGGUCGAAAUAGCCAACGAGAUACAUAACGACUGAGAAUUUUGAGUUUUGUCAAUGCCUUUCACAAUUUCUACAAGACCUUGAGCCAACUGGUCAACAUCACCACUCACUUGCAGUAUUACAUGGGUCGUAGGAAAAGGUUGUAAAUGCAGUGUCGUCUCUAAACCUUCAAUCGACACUGUUUUAGACUGCCAAACUCGGGCUUGAUCUGCACUUAGUAAUAUACGGACCACCAA